GCUCAAAAAGUCCAGCAUCCAAGGGGACAGCCAAACCUGGCCCAAGAAACCCCUGGACAACAUGAGUACAGUGCAACGCAAACAAAAGACCAACGGCUGCAAUCAGGGGCACACCCAAAACAAUGGCCACAGGGGGCAAACAGCUGCAUCUGUAAAAAGCAGGGACCUUUCUCAAGAUGACCUCCUCUUUCUACUCAGUAUGCUGGAGGGAGAAUUACAGGCACGGGAUGAGGUGAUAACAGUGCUGAAGGCAGAGAAGACAGACCUGGCAUUACUGGAAAGUCAGUAUGGCUUCGUCACCCCUCAAAAGGUCCUUCAGGCACUUCAGAGAGACACUAUACAGGGAAAAAGCUGUGGCCGAAAGGAAGACAUCUACGAGAAGCCUAUUGUCGAGCUGGACAAGCUUAUGGAGAAGCAAAGAGAGACGUACAGACAAAUGCUGGAACAGGUGCUGAUGGUAGAGCAGGCGCAUAAACAAUCUCUGUACAGGCUGGAGGACGAGAAGCGCAAUCACAGCGAAUACAUGAAGAAAAGUGAUGAGUUCACCAACCUGCUGGAACAGGAAAGGGAAAGAUUAAAGUUGGUCAUCGAUCAAGAAAAAGUCUACCAGGAACGAAAAGAGGAAGAGAAUAGCAAAAAGAUCACCAGUCUUAAAGAUGAACUGACGAAAUUGAAGUCGUUUGCCCUUCUGGUCAUUGAUGAACAGCAACGUGCCACGGAGCAGUUGGCCCAGCACACUGCAAAAGUUCAGGAGCUGCAAACUGCUGCCACUAAGGCCCAAGACGAAUUGAUCUCUGCCCGAAACAAGGCGCAAGAACUGGAAAGUAAAGUGUUCUCCCUGGAAGCUGAAUUGCUCGAUCAGGCCAGUCGGUUCAAGCAGGAACAGGACGCCAUGACUGCCAAACUGACCAAUGAGGACAGCCAGAAUCGACAGCUGCGUCAAAAGCUGUCUGUGCUUAGCCGCCAACUGGAUGAGCUCGAGGAGUCGAACAAGACCCUUCGAAGGGCAGAAGAGGAACUGCAGGAUCUGAGGGAGAAGAUUAGUCAUGGGGAAUGUGGCAACCCAAGCCUGGUGUCAGAGGUGGAAGAGUUGCGGAAAAGAGUGCUGGAAAUGGAGGGAAAAGAUGAGGAAUUGAUCAAGAUGGAGGACAUGUGCAGAGACCUCAACAGAAAGCUGGAGAAGGAAUCGAAUCAGAGUCGGAGCUUAAAAGCCGAGGUGGACAAGCUGAAUCAUAGAAUCAUGGAACUUGAAAAAUUGGAAGAUGCCUUCGGAAAGAGCAAGCAGGAGUGCAACUCUCUCAAGUGCAACCUAGAGAAAGAAAGGACGGUGACCAAACACAUGUCCAGUGAAUUAGACGGUUUGAGGGUUAGGAUCAAGGAGUUAGAGGCCGCUGAAGGUCAGUUGGAGAAGACUGAGUGGACACUGAAGGAAGAUCUCGCAAAACUCAAAACCUUAACAGUAAUGCUUGUUGAUGAAAGAAAAACCAUGGCGGAGAAACUGAAGCAGCUGGAAGACAAGGUACAAAACAGCACUGAUAAAUUGCACGCCGAGCAGGACAAAGUCACACUAGUGACGGAGAAGCUUAUUGGAGAAAGCAAGAAAUCCUUGAGGUCCAAGGCAGAGCUGGAAGAUAAAAUGUGCAUUGCCUUCAAGGAAAGAGAUGAGCUCAAGACCAAGCUGAAAGUCGAGCAAGACAAAAACAACGACCUUCAGUCCAAGGUCAACAUGAUGAAGAAAAGGCUUCAGUCACUGGAGGCUGUUGAAAUUGAAUUUUUGAGGAACAAAUCAAAGGAGGAGAACACGAAAGCAUCCGUACCGAACCAUUUCCAACUAGAAGACAACAAAGUAAAAUAUUUGACUCAGGAGGUAGAAAGGCUCAAGUCUAAGCUCAAGGAGAGGAAUGUGGUUGAAGACGGUCGAAUGAAAACGGAGGAUGUGUGUGAAUCUUUGGAAAAGAGGUAUUCAAACGAACAACAGCGAGCUAAAGCGCUCAUGGAAGAGCUGGAGCUCUCGCAAAAAGAGCUUUCUAAUUAUCAACUUGUUGAGAAAGAGAAUUCCAACCAACAUGCUCUGUACAUGCAUUUGAGAGAGGAAGAGGCCAAGUCUAGUGAACUGACCAAAGAAGUUGAAGCAUUGAAAGAAACAAUACACAAGUACAUGGGCACAGAGGAGACUAUUUGCCACAUGAAGACAGAGCACGCUACUCUGAGAAGAAAGCUUACCCAGCAGGAAAUCAGGAACAAGGAACUUGCCAGGGAGAUGGAGACCCUAACAAGAGAACUGGAGAGGUACCGUCGCUUUAGCAAAAGUCUUCGUCCUGGCAUGAACGGUAGACGCUUCUCAGACUUGCACGUCUCCACGAAGGAAGUCCAGACUGAACCAACGGACAGCUUCUCACCGAAUUAUAAAAAUCUUGCUCUUCUGGAACGAGCCGUGGUGAACGGAAAAUUGUACGAGGACAGCGAUAACGAGGAUGAACCCAGUUAUAACGAGAUUAACCUUAUGAAAUGCAGCCCCUCACUUUUAAACAAUAUCACCAAUCUGGACAACAAUACAAAGCAAACCCGAAGUCCUCUUUUGAAGACUAGGGAGAAUCAGCAGCCGAUCAAUGACAAAACGCAGGCUAGACAAAGCAGGUCUCAGAUUCAGCAAGGGGAUAAGUUUGUCACCCAUAGUCCGGGCCAACCUCUGCACAUAAAAGUGACUCCGGACCAUAACUAUAACACGGCUACUCUUGAAAUAACAAGUCCCACGGGCGAUAAAGGUCAAUCUUAUACCACUACAGCAGUUAUUCCGACCACUGGAGCGCCACCGAAACAACGAAUUACCAUCAUCCAGAAUUCACCAGUCUCACCUCACAAUCAUAUUAAAGGUUCUCCUUCCACAGAAAGUCCUUGCACACCUGACGGAUCAGCGUCGCCACUCGCAACUUACUCUCACAGAGGGACCCCUGAAUUCCGAAGUGUAAUGACCCCAGAAAGAGCCAUGUCACCCACAGAGACGGUCUCGAUCACGACAGAAAUCCCCGACAGAACGCAUCCAGGAGAGACAGUAGAAAUCACCGCAGGUCACACUGUCGUGUGUUUAACACCGCAGAAAUCGAACAGCUGGCAGCUGCAACGGUCCAACAGCACAGGCCCGAACGUCAUCACUACUGAAGACAACAAAAUCCACAUUCACUUCGGCCACCCAUACAUCCAAACCAUGAACCAGCCUGUAAGUCCUUGCAAAUCUCCCAGCCAAGAGCAGAAGUCUCCAGUAAUAAACAGUGCGCCAGUCAAGGGCAACAACAAGAUUGCAAGUAGCAUCAUGAUCAAGCCAACCUCCAGCCCAAUCCCACAGCCUUCACAAAUUACAAUACCUCUUGAAGCAUUCCGCCAGUCUGGUCCCACCAAGAUACCUAAACCUAAAGGCUGCUGUUCCAAAACAGGAACAAAUACCAUCGCUGUGCCAGCUGAUAACAAAGGAAUUCCUCCUGCUCCGCUCAACUUCGGGAAAAACGUAUCCAACAACCUGAACAUGCUGGACAUCCCUGCAAACUCAUGAACGCCCAGGUUCAUGUGCAUUCUAUUUCUUUAUUUUAUCUUUGUUUAUUUACUGAAGAAAAUGCAAAGAACUUUUUUUAAUGCAUUUUCUCCCUUUUUGUCCCGCUGUCCUUUUUUUUUUUGCGCGUCCAAUUUUUACCCAGUUGCGUUAUGCUUCCUCUCUACUGGUGCUGACCCCCGCCCCACUUGAGGAGAGCGAACUGACACACGCCCCCUCUGACACGUGAGCAGUAGCCGACUGCAUCUUUUCACCUGUACGAGGCGAGUUCAUAUGCGGAUCAGCCUUGUGCACGGAGAGUAAUUGCAUCAGGUCCCUAUCCGGCUCCCUCCCUGUAUAAACAACAGCCAAACGUUGUUCAUAUAGCCGCCCAGCACAGCCGGAUGGCAGAGCUGAGAUUCACUACGAUGUAUUCGAAAACCCAGCUCCGGUGUGCUAGCGUGUUUUACCGCUGCGCCACCUGAGCGGCCAAAGAACUUUUAAAUUCAGUUCUUUUUCAUGGCUUAUUUAUUGUGCUUGUUUAAUGUCCAGAUGUUUUCUUUUGCUUUUGUAACUGGUCGAUUGAUAUGAGAUGAAACAACAAUUGAAAACAAGCCACUGUGUUUCAUUAUGCAGUACUUUGUAGCACAAUGUCUAUGCGUCGAUAUGUUGUACAAUACACAAAUAACAGUCCUGAUUGGAACAUUUACAUAAUGAUGGUUAGCUAAAACUAUAUUUUUUAAUAUUAAAUUAAUUAAUUAAUCAAUAAAAUGUUUGUCAUCAUCAACUUAAGUGCUGUUUAUAACCUGAUAGUCGAAUUCACUUGCCUAGUAGUUCAUUAAUUACAUUUAACUUGAUUCCCAGGCAUUAUGCUUGAUAUGCACAACUGAUGUAGCAGAUGCACUGAUGUUAUUGUUGAAGAAAUUAUAUUUUUAAGUGCACCACUUUGUUUUUCAUAUAUAUUCAAAAAUAAAAAAAAGUGUA